AUGGUUGCUCCAAUAAUACCACGGCCAACAGCUCCACCAUCGGCUUCACCAAGUCUCAAUCAGACAACACCAUCGUCUGCUUCAACAACUUCGAAUAGUUCUUUUCAUUUACAACACCUGCAAAAUCAUCAUCAUCACCAUCAUAAAAACCAACAUCAAUUUGGAUUAGGUUCUUCUUCUGCAACAUCAAUAGGUGUUGCUACAACACCCACGUCGUCGGCGAGUAAUAGUAGUCUUAGUUCUUUAACUUUGCCAUCGUCGUCUGGUGGUGGUCAUCAUCACCAUCACCACCAUCAUCAUCAUCACCAUUCAAAGCAACAGCAGCAAUUGCAAGAACAACUUCAGCAACAACAACAACAGCAGCACCAACACCAACAGCAUCGGCAGCAGCAGCAAAUUCUUGCACCACAACAGCAAGUGCACCAACAGGUUGCUCAACAAUUUCACCAUCUCCAUCAGCAUCAACCAGUCCCUCAUCAACUACCACAUCAUCACUUGCAACAAUCCCAUCAGUUACACCAUACAACUUUAGAGCUACUGACACAGCAACCACCACCUGUUGCUCCUUCGUCUUCGCAAAAGUCUCAUCAUGGUCAGAGUUCGGUACCUCAUAUACCGAUAAGUAUGCCGCCGCCAAAUACGGCGACAGUGCAACAACAACCUCCAACACCCCAACAACAAGUUUAUCCAGCUGCAAUGCUUACGAUUGCUGCCACCGGAGGUCCAGCACCAAAUCAAAAUCUUAACGUAAUUGCAGCUGCUCCAAUUGUCGUUGAUUUUAGUAAUUUCACAGUUAAUUGUUUAACGGCGCAUCCUCCUCCUCCGGCGGUGCCUUCGUCGCAACAAGCACCGUCACAAUUGCAAGAACAACAUCAUCAACUGCAGCACCACCAUUUGCAGCAGCAUUCCCAUCAACAUCCCUCACAUAUUGUACAUAGCUUGAAUCAUAUGCGACCAACAUCGCCACCCGUAUAUCCAACACAAAAAUGA